AUGUCCUCACGACUAGUCCUCGUCCUCGGUGACCUCUUCAUCCCCGACCGCGCGAUAGACAUCCCCCAAAAGUUCAAGAAGCUCCUCACUCCCGGCAAGAUCGGUCAGAUACUAUGUCUGGGCAACUUGACCUCUCCCUCCGUAUACGCCUUCCUACGAACAUUGGCGCCUGACCUUCAGCUCGUCAAAGGCGACUUCGACAUACCGCUCACAACCACCGCGCCAGCAGCACCGUUUCAGCAGGGCCAGCAACCACAGAGCACCGCGGCGGAAGCGACAUUCCCGAUACCCACAGCAUUGAGCAAAGUUGUCACGCAUGGCAGCCUGAGGAUUGGCUUCACGCAUGGCGACUCCAUCAUACCGCCUGGCGAUCCGGAUGCGCUUCUCAUUGCAGCCCGCCAGAUGGACGUAGACGUGCUUUGCUGGGGCGGUACAUGCAAGUUCGAGGCAUACGAGAUGGAGGGCAAGUUCUUCGUCAACCCAGGCUCGGCGACAGGUGCUGUGAGCUGGCUGGACGAGACCCUAGCUUCAGAAGAAGACGAGAGGAAUACACCAAGCUUCGUGCUGAUGGACGUGCAAGGAGACGUACUGGUACUGUACGUCUACCAGCUCACAAGAGAUGCAGAGGGCAACGAGAAUGUGGGCGUGGAGAAGGUGUCUUUUCGGAAAGACAACCCGGGCCCUUGA